CACGUCCCUGUGUUCAUAUCACGGAAUAACUCGGAAGCAGGAAAUAUUAGGAGUUACUGGUGCACCUGACGCCCGAGAAAAAGCGUCUAGUAAAAUCAUAGCAGGUUGAUUUAAUUAUUGCAGCCAGCGGUCACUAUGUCAGAGAAAGAUGAAGAGACAUUCAAGUCUGUGGACUUGGAGCAGCAAACUGAAAAGUCUCCGGAACCAGAAAUCAAUCCUCAAGAAUCUCCUAGUGAAACAGACAGAGAAAUAGACAAACCCAGCACACCACCUGCUGAGGCCAAAGUGGAAACCACACCCUCGACCUCUACAAAGACUUCAACAGUCAAAGCUAGAUGGACAUCAUCUGUGGAACAGUUUAAAUUGAAGAGAUUUUUUGUCCUCAGGCCUGGAACGUUGAGCCAUGGUAUUGAAGAUGUUAAAUCUCUGGUAAACCCCACAGAAGAUGGUGCUGUCCAGAGUGUCUGGCUCAUGGCUGAGAUUGAUCAUUGGAACAAUGAGAAGGAGCGUUUGGUGCUCAUCACAGAGAACACCCUCCUCAUCUGCAAAUAUGAUUUUGUCAUGCUUAACUGUGAGCAGAUUCAAAAGAUAUCACUCAACUUCAUUGACCGCAUCUUCCAUGGUACCUUCUGCUUUCCGCCACAUACCCUCCUGAAGAGAGAAGGUGAGGGUGUGCGGGUGUUUUGGGAUAAACUCAGAGAACCGUCUUUCACUUCCCGCUGGAAUCCGUUUUCUGUUGACUAUCCUUUCACUACAUUCACCUAUCACCCUGUCAAGAGUGCCAAUGAGGAGCUGGGUCGCCUGUGUGAUAUUGAAAACUUCAGGGAGCAGCUGACUUUGGCAGCACAGAAUGCCCACAGCAAGAAUCCUGUACCUGGGAAAGCCAACGGAGUUCUUGUGCUGAACCAACCUAUCCUAAUCGAAACAUACGUGGGUCUGAUGUCUGUCAUUGGCAACCAAAACAAGCUGGGCUAUUGCUUAGCACGAGGCAACAUUGGUUUCUGAGUGCACUUUGUGAGUCUUCCAGUGAUGGUUUACACUAAGUAAUUCUCUUAUACCAGCUUGGCAUGUGUAACUAAUACUUAUAAUAAGAUACUUAGGAUAUUUGAAAUCAAGGAACAUGUAUCAUUUGUAUUCCUAAAAUACAUUCAAUAUCCAUCAAACCUUUUAGUCUCAUCUAGUUAUACUGCCCCAAAAUCUUUUUAAAUAACAAUGUCAGUUGGGUCAUUUCCUUUGGGUUGUGUCAUGACAUAGAAAAUAUGUUGUCCCUCCUCCUACGACUUCCUGUGUAGAAAUAUCUUGUUUUUAGUUUUGUUAUUUCCCUGCAGGAUCUGAUUCAUCGGCUAUGUGAUUUGUAAAGUGCCUUUACUUUCUGUAUUUAUGCUGAUAUUCUACCUCAUCACAGGGCUUCUUACAGAGCAACUGAUGCAUGAAGGUACACUUCACUAUUAUUACAGUCGAACAGAGAGCUGGAUUUUCCCUCAUUUUGUAAUGACUACAUUUGCUUAGUCGUCUUGAUUUGUUUCUACAGCAGAAUGUCAAACAUAUUGUGAAGUCUUUUUAAAAAUAAAUGCUUAUACAGAAA